AUGGAUCCUGGGCUCCUAGCCGAGUUCAAGCAGUUCCUAGCGUUCAGAGCAAUCCAACGCGACGACACAGUAAAAGGCCACAAGCUCAAUGAAUCUUGGGGUUCGACACUUGGCCAAUUGUCCAGCCCUGUGGAUUCAGCCGAGGAUCAAACCCUCACACCUCUGCCGCCUUUGCCGGACAGAGAGACUAGUAGUAGCAAACCCAACAAUAACGGCUUCCCCAAGAAGCGUUUAGAGCUUGAAAACACAUACACCCGGUCCAGUCCUAAUUCCAAGAAACAGCCCAAAUCCGUACUUGAGCGUAGUACAACCCCCCGCGCUUUUGCUUGGCGCGACAAGCAGGCAAGACAGAACCGCCUGUUAUCCCCCACUCCACCUCCUAUUCCCACCCCUUCUCCUGAUGCGACACCAGCUCCCUCCAACUCCCGCAAACGUGGUCGCUCCCCAUCCCCUGUAUCAGGACCAUCCAAGCGUUGCCAAACCAACAACGACCACAGCAACGCACCGCCCCACCCAUACGACUCUUGCAAAACGUCUUACAAAAAUCAACCGGGGAAGCGUGGGGGUCGUGUAUACGAGACCGUCAACGGCACACAGCAAAUCAAGCAAACUUUGAUGGAACGACUCAUCCAUCGACACAAGAAGUAUGAACACGUGCUCAAACAUGGGCACCUGUUUGGGGAUAAGCACGGGUUCUAUUUUAACCCUUAUAGUUUCAGCGCCGUGAACGAGGCAAACUGCCAUCGGAUCGAAAAACCCAAAGGCUAUCAGCCCGGCCGUGGAAACCACGAUCCCAUCCAUGUUGCUAUUGGAUUACGGGACGACUAUGAUUUCUCAUCAGACAUUUGGAGCUCGGUCCGCAAGGCUGCAAUUAAGUUCCGCCCAAGGAACUUGACGCUUAAGCUGGGUCAGAAGCUCACGCUCAAGCACUAUGGCCCGUCGACGAAGAAGAAAAUUAAUGAUUAUGACGUUGAGGACGAGAACAACCCUGAUACUAACAAGGCUGCCUACCAGGACGACUACAUCCUCAACGCUCGUCGUCUCAAGACCACCCAGACGGCACUUCCUUCGAAUUUCCUGCCCAAAAAACGAGCCAACCACGACCUCGAGAACAAACGGCCCAAGGCACGUGCAGACAGACGCUACGAUAAGGACAAGGAUGACGAGGACAACAAGGACAACGAGGACAACAAGGACGAGGAACCGGACUUGCCGCCCGAGCCAACCCCCGCUCAGCGCCGACGUGCCGAUAAGGUUGUUGCACAAGAAACCGCCCGCAACAAGACUUUCAGCAACUCUAAGGGCAAGGCGGGAGCAAAGCCAACAGCUGCGUCAAAGCCUGGUAAAAAGGGAAAGGAGCUGGGGGCUUUACCGGAAGCUUCCAAGUCAAGCGGCCGUCGUCACAAGGAAGCGAAGGGUAAUAGUGACGAGGAUGAGAGUCAGGAUGAGGACGACGAACAGCCCACUCGAACUGUCACAAAGAGAGUGACCAAGCGUCCCGUUAUUGAAAGCUCCCCCGAGCCCGAACCUGUCGAGACUACAAAUAAAAAGUCUACUGUGCUGCAGGUGAACGCAAGAGAACACAAGGUCAACAGGAAGGGGAAGCGUAAACAGCUUUCACCAACGGUGGAUACCGACAAGGAUGCCAAGAAAGAGGAGCUUGAGCCCCCACGUUGGAGGCGCCCGCCCGUGAAGCAUACCCGCUUGAUGGAUGAGCCUCAAGUCAGCCCGUCAAAAUCAGCCAUAGAAGCCGUUCACACGACCCAGAUUGACUCAGAACAGCUUGUUAACACGGGCAAGGCAAAAGCGGUUGGAGUUAUCAAGAUUAAACGGCCACCGCAACACUCCUCUUGCGAACUUCGUCCUCGUACUUAG